AGACCCUGAGGGAUCCUCUUCCUGGUCUGCUCCUGCCGGUCAGCUCAGACACUUCUACCCUGAACUCCCCUCAGCGCAGGGCCCUGAGAGGACGCCCGGAGUCCCUGGACGCAGGAAGCGGUGUAAUUGUAGAUACCACUACAUGUUUCGGGGGCCAAAGAAAAUGAAUACAACACCAAUGUUGGUAUCAUUUGAAGACCUGGCUGUGGACAUCACUCAGGAGGAGUGGCAGUACCUGGACAGUUCUCAGAGGACUCUGUACAAAGAUAUGAUGAUGGAGACCUACAAUAGCCUGUUGUUUUUGGCCCACAGAAGGGAUGACCUUUUGGGAACCAACUGGAAAAGUCAACAAAUAAAUUUGAGGAGGCCUGAUGAGAUGCGAGCUGCAGAGAAAUCUGAUGGCACUAAUGUACCUGGCAACUCAAGUGAACGUUGGGAGCCCAUCAGGCAGCCUCACAAGAUUCAGCCUUUUCAGCAGGUGUUUGAACACAGUGUAAAAGGCAAAGGGUUCAAUGGGAAAAGAGUGUUCUUUACAAAUGAAAGGGCUCAUAUGGGAGACACCUGUAAUAAGUCAGUUGGCAUUGUAGGAAAGACAACUGAACAUGUAAAGAACUUUCCAGAAAAAGUCCUACCUCAGUAAACCUCAACACACACAGGAAAGAAACUUUAUGAAUCUUUUGAGUAUGAGGAAACUCUCAUUUACAAAUCAGAUUUUAUCACAAGUCAAAGAACACAUACAGGAAGAAAAACCUAUUCUUGUAACCCCUGUGGAAAAUCUUUCAAUUGUAAAUCCUGCCUUUCUAUCCAUCAUAGAACUCAGAAAGUGGAAAGGCCCUCUGGGUGCAAUGAAUGUGGGAAAACCAUUUACCUGAGGUCAGAUACUACAAAUCACAUGACUCACACAAGAUACAAAUCUUUCACAUGUAAAACAUGUGGCAAAGCAUUUUAUUGGAAGUCACAACUCAUUCUACAUCAGAGAUUUCACACAGGGGAGAAACCUUAUCAAUGUAAUACAUGCGGAAAAGGCUUUCAUUGGAAAACAAUCCUUAUUUCACAUCAAAGAAUUCACACAAAGGAGAAAUCUUACAAAUGUGAUAUAUGCAGAAAAGCCUUUUUCUUGGAAGUCAAAUCUCACUGUACAUCAGAGAAUUCACAUAGGGCAGAAACCUUAUGAAUGUAAUAAAGGUGGAAAAGCCUUUAUCCAAAAGUCAAAUCUAACUUCACAUCAGAAGAUUCACAUAAAUGAGAAACCUAUGGAUGUGAAAUGUGUGAAAAAACCUUUCGCUGGAAGUCAAACCUUACUACACAUCAGAGAAAAUUCACACAGUGGAUAAACCUUUUGAAUGUAAUACAUGUGGAAAAGCCUUUUGCCAAAAAUCACAACUCAUUGCACACCAGAUGAUCCACAAAAAGGAAGAAAACUUAUGAAUGUAGUACCUGUGGAAAAUCCUUUUUCCAGAAGUCACAACUCACUCUACAUAAGACGGAGAAGAUUUAUAAUGCAAAAUGUGUGGAAAACCCGUUUGUUGGAAAUCACAACUCUUUACCCAUCAGAGAAUGCAUAGAUCAGAGAAAAUUUAUGAAUGCAAUACAUGUGGAAAAGUCUUUUGUAAUAACUCACAACUCAUUACACAUCAGAGAGUUCACACAGGGGAGAAACCUUAUCAAUGUGAUGAAUGUGGAAAAACAUUUUCCCAGAAUUCAAACUUCAGAAGGCAUCAAAGAACUCACAUGUAAGAGAUAACUUGUCAGUGCUAUGGAUAAGAAAAGACUUUUUGCCAGAAGAUACAUCUCAACAGAAGGCAGAACUCACAAAAAGGAAAAAAAAAUACCUUUUAAUGAAGUGAUUAUGUAAAUUCCUGAUGCCAGAAGUCAGUGUUAGGCACACAUCAAAGAACUCACAGGUGAGAAAGCAUGUGAAUAUAGGAAAACUUUCUACCAUAAGCCAGAUCUCACUAUCAGGGAUCUUAGAGGAAGAACUCUACAAAGGCAGUAGAAGUGGACAAAGCUUUUACUCUGAGGCAGAUUUCAACAAGCAUCAGCAAAAUUAUCCACAAAAUUAUCAGUACAUAAAAUAAGUGCUAGCAAAAUUACUCAAUAUUAUUCUGCAAAAUAGUAAUGAAGGUGGAAAAAUACCUGUUUAACAUCACAUCUUUGCAGGUAUUAGGGAAUUCACAUGAGGGUGUAACACUGUACUGCAGAGGCUGGCUAUGCAGUCUUUGAAAUCUACAUUAGUCUCUGUGCCAAAUAAUCUGCUGUUUUGCCUGUACUUAUUAUGAGUAGGGGACGAUAUCCACAUGUAAUUUUUUGUAAGUAAAUACUCAUUCUAUACUACUCAGUUUGAAAUACAAUCCUAACAUUUGCAAAG